GGCAAAGGAACAAAGAAAGAUCAAGACUCAGUAGCUGCUUUAGACAAAAGGAAAGUGAGAAGAGUCAAAGUCCCUUGUGAUGGAGAAAUUUAAGGCUGCUGUCUUGCUGGCAGGGGUAGGGGAUGCUCUUGGUUAUCGAAAUUUCACCCGAGAAAACAGUGCUUUAGGUGCAAAGAUCCAAGAGGAACUAAAGGAAAUUGGAGGACUUGAGAACCUGGUGCUGUCUGGAGACAAAUGGCCAGUGAGCGACAAUACCCUCAUGCACAUGGCUACAGCAGAGGCUGUCAUCACAGAUUACUGGUGUUUAGAAGACCUGUAUCGUGACUUGGUAAAACGCUAUGUUGAGAUUAUUGACAAACUUCCAGGGAAAUGGUCAGACCCCGCUACCAUUGAAGGUUGCUCACAGUUAAAACCAGAUAACUAUCUCCUAGCUUGGCACACACCGUUUAAUGAAAAGGGUUCUGGAUUUGGAGCCGCUACAAAAGCCAUGUGUUUAGGGAUGAAAUACUGGAAGCCUGAGAGGCUAGAAACUCUUAUUGAAGUGAGCAUCGAAUGUGGACGAAUGACUCAUAAUCACCCUACAGGCUUUUUAGGGUCCUUUUGUACAGCUCUGUUUGUAUCAUAUGCAAUACAAGGAAAACCACUUGUGCAGUGGGGAAGGGAAAUGAUGAAGGUGGUCCCAAUGGCUGAAGAAUAUUGCAAAAAGACCAUUCGACACAUGGCAGGUAACACUCCUAAACUAAAACUAUUUUUUUUAAAAACCAAUCACACUUACAGGAGGUGGAGUUCUGAAGGACGAGGUGGAAGAAGAGGCCAUGAUGCUCCCAUGAUUGCAUACGAUGCUCUUUUAGGAUGUGGUGGUGACUGGACAGAACUUUGCAAUCGAGCAAUGUUCCAUGGGGGUGAGAGUGCAGCCACUGGAUCUAUUGCCGGCUGCUUGUAUGGAUUGCUUUACGGCCUGAACAAGGUUCCCAAAGGCUUGUACCAGGAUCUUGAACUGAGGGAGAGGCUAGAAUACUUGGGCGAGUCUCUUUACCGACGAUCCACAGAGGAAAAGUAAAGCAGUUUCUGCCAUUUUUCUCUUUCUAUAAAGACUCUGUCAAACACUGUAGAUAACUGACUAAUUAUAAUAACACUGUUCUAGGCUGGUGAGGUUUAGUUCUAAAAGGCUAUGUGUAUAAGUGCGGUUAGCUGAGUCAUUCAGGAGUAACUGGACACUAUAAAUGUUCAGUUUUUCACAGAUGCAGGGACUUUGAGUAUCGAACUUGCUCUUAAAGUACAAUUCAGGUCAGUGAGAUUAUUUUAAAUAAAAAAUAUAUAAAUAACUAAACCCCUCUUAUUAUCAAAAUUCUGCCUACCUUACUAAUGCCACCCCUAAACGCUAUUAUCAGUAGUCUCUUGUACACAUAUAUAAUUAAUUUUCAAAACUAAUGUUUUUUUGCCGAACUAAUAGUAUGAUCCUUUUGUGAGGAUGUUUAGUUCUCUGUAGAUUUUAAACUUUUGACAAUUCUUCCACCUCCCUCUUUCCUCCUCCUCACAUCUAAUGUCUCUGUAAUACUUGCAACCCUAAUGUGUCACAGAUUAUUCAUUAAUGAAAUGUUAACCCUUUGUCAGCACUAUGGUGUAUAUGUAUUGUUAUGUGAGAAGCUUCCAGAAAGGAAAGGCCAACACUAGCAACACUUCCAAGGUACAGCGAAGCAUCAUUGUGUUUAACAUUUCUGCAUUAUUAUGUUUUUUUUCACUCUAGACUCUUCAAAACUCUUUAAAAAAGUUAACUGGCUGAAAUAUUUGUAAAUAAAUUAAUCUUAUGCUCGU